UGUUCGCCGCUCUCUUUUUCUUUUAGUUCCAGCAGUGUUCGGCUUUACGAAAAACGAGAUGGUGAGGAAUGUGAGUUGGACAAAGGUGAUGUGAAAAUAAGUUCUUGCGGAUGUGGUCGGUUGUUAAAUUCUGAUGGAAAACUGCACGUGUUUAUGCAGAUAAACUGCAUUUUCUCCCCUUUCGGAAAAAGAGGACAAUUGACUUAAAAUAUGUUGAGUUUUGGACGAAUUGUUUACUCCUUGAAACCGGCGAACAGAACAGCAAUGCUGAGUCUGAGGCUAGGAGGGAACAACUUAUAUGAAAUCAUUCGUCUGAAAUCCACCCGACAAAAAGUUGAGCUGAAACGACGCCUCAAGGCCGAACAGAAGGCUAAGGAAAAGGAGGAGAAAGAGAACCAGGCUGCAAAAGUUAGCCCUGCGACGGGUGCUAAGCAAAAGGCCGAAGCCAAAAUAAAUGAAGAGGAAAUUUCUCCGAACGAGUAUUUUAAGCUGCGCAGUUCGGCGGUUGCUGAAUUGAAAAAGGACCCUGAAACGCAUCCCUACCCGCAUAAAUUUCAUGUCAGUUGCUCCUUGGAGGCUUUUAUUGAAAAGUACAAUGACCUCAAGGACGGCGAUAUGUUGGAGCAGGAUAGUCUCUCUGUUGCCGGUAGAAUUCACGCUAUUCGUGAGUCUGGUGGUAAAUUGAUAUUCUAUGAUUUGCGAGGGGAAGGGGUAAAGCUGCAAGUGAUGGCCAACGCUAAACUUUACGAAAGUGAAGCGGCUUUUGUCGAAGAUACCUCCCGCUUGCGGCGCGGUGACAUAGUGGGUAUCCAAGGUUAUCCGGGAAAAACCAAGAAGGGCGAGCUGUCAGUUAUUCCGAAAAAGUUGAAAUUAUUGUCGCCUUGUUUACACAUGUUGCCGCAUCUGCAUUAUGGUUUGAAGGACAAAGAAACUCGCUUCCGGCAGCGAUAUUUAGAUUUGAUUCUGAACAAUCAUGUGCGUGAUAUAUUCUGUGUACGUGCUAAAAUUAUCAGCUAUGUGCGGCGGUUUCUAGAUAACAUGGGAUUCCUGGAAGUGGAAACACCAAUGAUGAAUAUGAUAGCUGGUGGAGCAACCGCCAAACCGUUCGUCACUCAUCACAACGAACUUAACAUGGACUUGUUUCUCAGAAUUGCGCCAGAGUUGUACUUAAAAAUGUUAACCGUUGGUGGCCUAGACCGAGUGUAUGAAAUUGGCCGACAGUUUCGAAAUGAGGGCAUUGAUUUGACGCAUAAUCCCGAGUUUACAACAUGCGAAUUCUAUAUGGCAUAUGCGGAUUACAACGACAUUAUUGACAUGACGGAGAAAAUGGUCUCCGGAAUGGUUAAAAGCAUUCAUGGUAGCUACAAGAUAAAAUAUCACCCAAAAGGACCGGAGGAUCAAGAAUUUGAAAUUGAUUUUACGCCUCCCUUCAAGCGAAUCUCGAUGAUCAGCUCUUUGGAGGAGGCCCUUCAAGUCAAGUUCCCAGUGGCGAAUAAACUAAACACCGCGGAGGCAAACCAGUUUUUGAGCGAUUUAUGUACCAAGCACGAGGUAGAGUGUCCGCCACCUAGAACGACGGCCCGUUUGCUGGACAAACUGGUUGGCGAAUUUCUCGAAGAGAAUUGUAUCAAUCCGACAUUCAUUUGUGAUCAUCCGCAAAUUAUGUCACCGCUGGCCAAGUAUCAUCGUUCUGCUUCAGGGUUAACCGAGCGUUUCGAACUGUUCGUCAUGAAGAAGGAAAUUUGUAACGCUUAUACGGAGUUGAACGAUCCUGCCGUUCAGCGGGAACGUUUCGAGCAACAGGCUGCCGAUAAAGCUGCCGGGGAUGACGAGGCUCAGCUGGUCGAUGAAAACUUUUGCACAGCGCUGGAGUACGGUCUGCCACCCACCGGUGGAUGGGGUAUGGGACUCGAUCGGUUAACUAUGUUUUUGACGGACAACAAUAAUAUCAAGGAGGUCCUACUGUUUCCGGCCAUGAAACCGGACGAUCCAAAUCGUGGGCAAGGUGGACACGCACCGGAAGCGGCUGCCCUUAGUGUUCCUACAAAGUAAUGAAUGAACGUCUUUGCUGUACGAAUGUAAUCAACUUGUUUCACGAUCUACAAAUAAAGUCUUCGAACGUUACAAAUAUCUACAAAA